AUGGGGGUUUGUCUGGGUCCCUUCCUUCCCCAAAUCCCCAGCGUCUCUGUCAUCCAAAAGUGCAGGUAUCAUCCCCAGCCUCUUCUUUCCUUCCAUAUUGCAUCCUGUGGAUCGCACCUUACCUUAUGUACAAAAUGGGUCCACGAUCUCCAUCGAAACCUUCUUGCCGAGACCUCCGCAUUGCAUCAUCGUUUCGUGCCCGUUGUCAUCCGUCCUAACGGUUCCUUUGUUGGGCUUACGUAUCCGCAAGAUCCAAGCCACGGAGUUACCGGUUUUGUUUUUCCAAGAAACAAGAAGGACAUGACAUGUGAAUAG